AGGUGCGCAGGCGCUCUCGGCGGCAAAUCCGCGGUUUCCGGUUCCGUCGUCCUCUUUCUCUUCAACGAGGUUCCCGAGCGGCUUGGUGGCAGCGGCGUUGCGGCAGACGCAGAGAUGCAGAUCUUUGUGAAGACCCUGACGGGCAAGACCAUCACCCUUGAGGUUGAGCCCAGUGAUACCAUUGAGAAUGUCAAAGCCAAAAUCCAAGACAAGGAGGGCAUCCCACCUGACCAGCAGCGUCUGAUUUUUGCCGGCAAACAGCUGGAAGAUGGCCGCACUCUGUCAGACUACAAUAUCCAGAAAGAGUCCACCCUGCACUUGGUGCUCCGCCUGCGGGGUGGCAUCAUUGAGCCUUCCCUCCGCCAGCUGGCCCAGAAAUACAACUGCGACAAGAUGAUCUGCCGCAAGUGUUAUGCCCGCCUGCACCCCCGUGCAGUCAACUGCCGCAAGAAGAAGUGCGGCCACACCAACAACUUGCGCCCCAAGAAGAAGGUCAAAUAAGGCUCCUCCACCAGCUCUUCCUUUGCCUGCAGGGUGGCCUCCGGCCCAAGGCCCUGGGGCCUCAAUAAAGUUUCCCUUUCAUUGACUGGAGCAGUAA